AUGUUCGAGCAAUAUAUAUCACAUCAAAGUGGCGGGCGACUGGCCCGCCAGCUGCUGCGACUCGCGGACAGGGCCGAGCUCGGCAGGAGUGUGGUGAUGGACGUCCUGCUGGACGGGCCGUACGGCGGCGUGUUAGUCGACGUGUACGGGUCUAGAGGCGCUCACGUGGUGCCGCUGGCGGAGGGCGUCGGGGGACAAGGUGGCUGGAGGAAAAGUACUGGAGAUCCGCGUGUGGUAUCAUGA